ACCGUCGUCAAUCAAAAUGAAGUACAUCCAAACCGAUCAAAUCUUAGAAAUCCCAGAAGGCGUCCACGUCAACAUCAAUGCCAGAUCCAUCAAGGUCACUGGUCCAAGAGGUGAAUUGACCAAGGACUUGAAGCACAUUGAUGUUACCUUCACCAAGGUCAACAACAGAGCUAUCAAGAUCACUGUCCACAACGGUGACAGAAAGCACGUUGCUGCUUUGAGAACUGUCAAGUCUUUGAUUGCUAACUUGAUCACUGGUGUCACCAAGGGUUACAAGUACAAGUUGAGAUACGUCUAUGCGCAUUUCCCAAUCAACGUUAACAUCGUUGAAAAGGACGGUGACAAGUUCGUCGAAAUCAGAAACUUCUUGGGUGAAAAGAGAGUCAGAAACGUCAAGAUCUUCGAAGGUGUCACCAUCGAACAAUCUGCCAACCAAAAGGAUGAAUUGGUUGUUUCCGGUAACUCUUUGGAAGCUGUUUCCCAAAACGCUGCUGAUAUCCAACAAAUCUGUCGUGUCAGAAACAAGGAUAUCCGUAAGUUCUUGGAUGGUAUCUAUGUUUCCGAACGUGGUACUAUUGUUGAAGAACUCUAAGUUAUUGGUGCUUUGUCCAUAAUUUAGUAUCCUUUUUUCCAAGAAGGAGGGUGCUUGUGUACUAAUACAUUUCUCUUCUUUAUAUCUUUUUGUUGAGUUUCCAGGGUUUAUAUAGUUCAAUAUUUGGUUUUAUUAUUGGGUUAACCCUGUCUCAAUCGUGGAUCGUUAUCGAGCUCAUUACAAUGCAGAGCCACCUACGAUCCACCUGUAGAAGCGCGCAAGAGACGACGGUUAGAUGAUAUUGCUAGCAAAGUUUGAGUAGAAGGGAUUUUUUUCGAAAAAGUUUGCUAGUAGUUUUGUCUGCUGAAGUUUCUUAAAUUUGCAUUGUUAAAAGUUUGAGCUAUCUUGCGAUUUCAUCGAAGGAAC